AUGUCCAAGGGCCGCGUCUGUCUCGCCUACUCGGGAGGUCUUGAUACCUCGACCAUCCUCAAGUACCUCAUCAACGAUGGCUACCAGGUUGUCUGCUUCCUCGCCAAUGUAGGUCAGGAGGAGGACUGGGAAGAGGUUGAGAAGAAGGCCCUGGCCCUCGGUGCGGAGAAGAUGGUGAUCCUGGACCUGCAGAAGGAGUUCGUGGACGAGAUCGUCUACCGCGCCAUCCAGUGCAACGCCAUCUUCGAGGACCGCUACCUGCUGGGCACGUCGCUGGCCCGUCCGAUCAUCGCCCGGUCGCAGGUCCGCGUGGCCAUCGAGAACAAGUGCGACAUCCUCUCGCACGGCUGCACCGGCAAGGGCAACGACCAGGUCCGCUUCGAGCUGGCCUGGAAGGCCAUCGCGCCCAACAUGAAGAUCAUCGCCCCCUGGAGGGACGAGGCCUUCAUCGCCAAGUUCCAGGGCCGCGCCGACCUGCUCGCCUACGCCAAGGAGAACGGCAUCCCGGUCUCGUCCACCCCCAAGGCCCCCUGGUCCAUGGACGAGAACCUCGUCCACUGCUCCUACGAGGCCGGCAUCCUCGAGGACCCCGACCACACCCCGCCCAAGGAGCUGUGGAAGAUGACGCUCGACCCCCUCGACGCUCCCGACAAGCCCUACCACUUCACCAUCUCCUUUGCCAAGGGUAUCCCCACCAAGGUUGUCACCGAGGACAAGCAGGAGGUUACCGAGUCGGUCGCCCUGUUCAAGCUCCUCAACAAGAUUGGCCACGACAACGGCGUCGGCCGUGUCGACAUUGUCGAGAACCGCUUCAUUGGGCUGAAAUCCCGUGGCUGCUACGACACCCCCGGCCUGACCAUUGCCCGCCUCGCUCACCUUGACCUCGAGGGUCUCGUCCUCGACACCCGCGUCCGCGAGCUCCGUGACCAGUUCGUCACCCUCUCGUGGUCCCGCCAGCUGUACAACGGCAUGUACUUCUCCCCCGAGCGCGAGUUCGUCGAGAACAGCAUCAUCCACUCCCAGCAGCACGUCGACGGCCAGGUCCGCAUGAUGGUCUACAAGGGUAACGCCUACGUCGUCGGCCGCAGCAGCGAGACGAGCAACCUGUACAGCGCAGACGACGCCUCCAUGGACUCGCUCGAGACCUUCAGCCCCCAGGACGCCUCGGGCUUCAUCAACAUCAACGCCAUCCGUCUCAAGAAGUACGGCGAGGCCAAGAUUGCCCAGGGUGCUCCCCUCAGCUGA